GUAACGUUAAAGUUAAUGUAAGUUGAUAUUGGGUGUGAGGAAUUGCCAACAUAUUAUUAGUUAAGUUUUUAUUAAAGGCCGCGGUGUUUGAAGUUGUAUGCAGUUUUUAGUGAAUGGAGAACUUCAUCCUGUAUGAGGAGCUUGGGGCAGGCAGGAGCUCUGUUGUCUAUAAAGGAAGAAGGAAGGGCAAUCUCAACUAUGUAGCCAUCAUCUGCACUGACAAAGCCAAGCGACCUGAGAUCACUAACCAUGUACGUCUGAGCCAUGAUCUGGAUCAUCCAAACAUAGUAUGCUUCUACGAGUGGUAUGAGACAAGUAAUCACCUCUGGUUGGUAGUGGAGCUCUGUACAGGUGGUUCCCUGGAGACUGUAAUUGCUAAUGAUGGGUUUCUGUCAGAAGAUGUGGUGAGGAGGUUUGGAUGGGACUUGGUCAAAGGACUGAAACAUAUCCAUGAAUUAGGAAUCAUCUUCUCUGACUUGACCCCUGCUAAGAUCCUACUGGAUGGUAGUGGCAUUCUGAAGUUUGGUAACUUCUGUACGUCCAAGGCAGAGGGAGAGACACUGGAUCAUUUCUUUAGCUUGCUCUCUACAUCUGAGGAGUCAGGGAAAGGAGAUAACAGGAAAAGACUACAAGGUUCUCCAACUUACAGCGCUCCAGAGGUUUUGCAGGGAUCAGAAACCAAUAGGAGCUCUGAUCUCUGGGCUCUGGGUUGUAUACUCUACUACAUGUACACUGGUAAACCUCCAUUCUGUUCCGAUAGCUGCACUGAACUGACGGAAAUGAUUUUACUUCAGGAACCACGACCUCCCAGACAGACAGAGUUUUCAUCCAGUCCACCCAGUGAGGACUUCCAGAAUCUUCUGAAAGGCUUGCUCAACAAAAACCCAGAUACGAGGAUGGGCUGGCUGGAGUUGCUGGACCACCCUUUCUGGACACAAGUACUAAAGGAGGAAGAGGAUCUUAAAGAGGGAGAAGAAGAAGCUCAGGAUGAUGCACGGCAUAAGGAGGACAAAAACUGCUGUGAGGGCAUUGGUUCAGCUAGCUCGAGGAUCCCUGACCCUUUUUUCCUAGGACAGGUAGAUGAGCUUCCCAACAGCCACUCAGCCAUCACUCAUCCAGCCCUUAGGAUUUCCAAGAAAUUGAUUUCAUCACAGACAACAAUUGCAACAACUCACAGACCAUCUGACAGGAGGACUGAUUGCCAACAAGCUGUCAGACACACAACCUGUGGAGCCUUAAGGAACAACCAGGGCUUGGAUAGGGGGGUGGGAAAAGAGAGAGGAGGAGAGGGGGAAGCAAAGACAGAAGAUGACCCCAAGCCAGCUGGGGCCCAGCAGAUGUGCCACACACUGCAGCCCAAUAAGUCAUUCAUUCUAGAUAACGUAUCAGAACUCAGACCAAAGAGUGGUGUGGAUGAGGACAACACUGAGGCCAUUUUCCUGCUCAGCUCCCGUGCCAACUCAAGGAGAAGCUGCAGUGUCUCAGACCUCCCAAACCAGACCCCUGCACCUCAAGAACAUGCCAGUACUGACACUGAUAUCAGAUCCUGCUUGAAAGCUCUUCUCCAUACUGACUCUGAUCUGACUAUCACCCCAAUCAUGGACAACCCCAAGAUUCUUAAGAGUCCUCCUGUGCGUUUUGAUCCAAAAACCCUUUGUGUACCAGCAUAUCCAGUUGAGAAGCUGCAGUCCCUGAGUGAUGACGAGUGGACUGUCUUCCUCUUACAGCUCUGUUCAUCCCUUGGAGAACAGAACCCCUCAGCUCCUCUCUCCUCCUCCUCCACUGCUCCUCCUCCUCCUCCUCUCUCCUCAGCCACCCGAUCAAGGCUCAAUCUUCUGUGCUACCUCUGCUGUGUGAUUGGACAUAAACAUAUUGCUAACAGGCUGAUUAACUCAACACUGCUUCCAGUAUUGACCCAGCAGUUACGACAAGCUCCUAACUGGGAUCUGCGGAUCAAGGUUCUCAGAGUGAUGGGCCUACUUGCUCUGCACUGUACUGAACUCGGAAAGGACAGUCCUGUUUCUGAGGCUGUGUCCACACUAACAGACCUGUUGAGAGACAACCUGAGGAAUAGCAAAAUAAAACAGUUCCUGCUGCCACCACUCGGGGAGUUCCUCUACCUCAUCACCUCUCAGGAGGAGAAGAGAGGCUCCCCAGAGGGACUGUGGUUCGUUCCCACUGCCGCCUACACUGGCUUAAUGAGGAGCCUGCGGGAAGGGGAUGAUUCUAUAGUUCAUCACAUGGCUGCAAAAGCCAUAGAGAACAUCUCCACCACUGUCUCUGGCCCCUCCCACCACCUGGUUACCACAGAGAUGGGCUCCGCCCUGUGGUACCUGUUCACUCACUCCACUGUGGAGGCUGUUAGAGUCACAGCCAUCUCUUCUCUUUCUAGACUAACCCGGGUGGUGCCAGCAGUCUUUUUGUCAGUGAUUGACACCUGUGGCCCUGUGGCUAUCUUGGAGGGAGUGGGUGGAGUGGGAGCCAGGGUCCAGCAGCAUCUGCUCACAGCUAUGGCCACUGCCCUACUCAACUCACGCAUCCAAACACACCGCAUCACACAGAACAGGGAUUUGGUGUUGAAGGUGCUGCGCUGUCUAGAGAGUCCAUCUACAGUAACAAGAGCCAAAGCCUUACUACUACUACUGCUGCUAAUACAGGACAACACGCACACACUGCUUUACUGCUGUCAACACAGACUUGUGAUGUACAUGGAGAGAGACCUGCGCAAAGCCACUCCCCUCAGAGAGAACCCCAGCCAGUCAGGAUACCUGUCUCAGUGUCUGGACUUAGUGAUCAUGUAUCUGAGUAGCACUGCACCACUGAUUCUGGAGGAAGUCUUAUGUGCAUUACGAGGUGUGAUCGGGAGGAGACACCCAUCUACAGCUCAGAGCAGACAGCUUAAACACACUUUGCCUACAAUGUCUGUACUACUUGAACUUCUUUCAUCACAGGUUUUUAGGUCUCAAAUUGUAACUGAAGAGUUUCUAGCUCAAAUUGGAUUGCUGCUGAACUAUAUCACCUCUAUAGAGUCCAAUGAAACAAAUCUGGCCAGUGCUCUGGGUGCAACAGUGUGUGAGGAGUUGAUUAGGACAUCUCUGUCCAUUGUGGAAGUCCUGAGUCAGCACCAUGCUCUCACCGCUCCACAUCAUAGUGCUGUUGUGGAUGCCAUCCUGCCACCUCUGACAACACUGGCUUUCAGCAGAAAUGUGGAGUGCUCUGUGUUUGUUUUGAGGGUGCUGUCCGAACUCAGUCUUAUCCUGCUAGUACAGGAGAGUGAUGGAACGGAGGAAGAUGAGGGUACAGAGAAAAAAAAAGGGAGGAGAGAGGAAGGAGGAAGAGCAGAUGGAAUAGAUGAUAGAAACUCUCAUCAAAUCUCAGCUCUCAUCAUUAAAUCUCUGCUUCCAAGGUAUGAGUCUCUUCUUCGAGCAACAGAACCUAUCCCGCUCUACGCACUCAAACUGCUGGUAUCGAUGACUGAACACAGCACACAGAUCUGCAGUUUGAUCAAACACAGUCGGAUCUUACCAACGGUCUUUCAACUCAUUAUGUUCCAAAGAUGUGCACUUAAUGGCAGGCUUUGGGAAAAACUGAUGUCAAAGAAGGUUGCAUGCCCCUGGGACAAUUUCACAACUAACAGUAGUAAUGUCACCAGUGGGAUGAUCCAGAAUGCAGUCGCCUUGCUGUGUAAUCUUAGUGGAGACACAGUGUUGGACCUGGAGCCACCAUACCAACAAGACCUAAUAGAGGUGGUGGUGAGCACUCUCUCAGAAGCUGCACUAGUCCACUUGGAUGAGGAGGGGCAUGCUGGGAAGAAGGUCAGCCAUCUUGUGUUACAAGCCCUUCUGGAACUGCUUCACAACAUCCUAAAACAAACAUCUGUUGUGGUCCGCUCUGCACUGCAGAGCCAGAGGCUAUCUUGUCCAGCAGUGGAGAUGGAGGCAGCAGAGAAGCUGCUCCUAGAAAACCGACCCCUGAGCCAACUCAGCACACACCUCAUUCACAUGCUGUCGACUGAAAACCAGGAGGUCUGGGAGGAGUGUAUUCAGUGUCUGUCUCUACUGGUCCAGCUGUUUGGAGGAGAGGGUUAUGACUGCCUGUCACCUUCUUGUCUGCAAAGCUUUUCACACACGCUGCGCACACACAUGCACACCGAGACCCCCCGAAUCCAACGCACAACACUUAGGAUCAUCAAACGACUGGUGCAGACCACAGAGCAAUCUGAUUGGUUAGAGUGUCCUGAAGGGGCAGAGCUAAUGUGUCUACUGCAGGAUAUAACUACGUCCAACAGGUGCCAUGCCGAUGUAGUUCCACUGGCUGCUGAAAUCCUCCAGGAGAUCUCUGGCUCCUAAAAGCUUUUCAUCUUCAACGCUGAAGCACACCAGCACCAUUGUUUUUCAGAACUUUUCUUAAGAUUGGUAGCCUGCUUUUUAGACCGUCUGUCUUCAGGUAAACUUUUGAAUAAAGGAUAGAGGAUUGUUCUUUCAAAAUAUUGUCAGUUUUGGAAUAAAACGUCUUAUUUAUCUGUUAA